AUGGGGUCGCCAACAGACGGCCAGAGUGCCUGCCCUGACCUUGCAAGCAUAAAUCCAACUGGCUGCUGCUUCAAUUCCAUGCUCCAGAUCUUGCACAAAAAGCUCAUAGCACACCCUAGCCAGAAACACAGGGAAGAGAAUUCUGGAAAAUGUUAUUUCAGCCUAACCAACUUGACAUGGUACAAAGCCACCACCACAGGGUCCCCAUUUCUGAGAAUGGGAGCCAAAUUGAUUGGUAUCUGUCACUGUAGGAGAUGGUGGCUUGGAAAUGGACAUCUAGGAGACCUCGAGUCCCUGCAGUUUGAGUAUGGGAUUCAAGAGGAAGAUCGCAGCUUGCUGUAUUUGCAGGGUCGUUCUCGGGGACUGGUGAUCAAAACCUUUGCCCAUGCAACCUUCUUCUGCAAGCUACUCUGCUAUUUGAGAGAAUCAUUACAUGAGAAGCAAUCUUCCAGAUGUCUCUUGACUAGAGCUCCUGAUGACGCACUUGGUGAUGGUGAGUUGAAGGUGGGCAUCAUUGGAGGCAGCCACCUUGGGGAGCAGCUGGCUCGCGUGCUGCUUCAGCUUGUCCCCAUCCCUGCUGAAAGCCUGCGGAUCUCCACUCGGAGGCAUGAGCUUCAGAAACUGGGAAUCCAGUGCUUUUACCAUAACACUCGUCUGGUGGACUGGGCCAACGUCAUAUUCCUCUGCUGCCUGCCAUCUCAGCUGCCUAAAAUCUGUGUGGAAAUUCAAACCAGGCUUGAGAGAGCCUGCAUUGUGUACAGCUUUGUAGCUGCUGUCCCAAUACCCAGGUUGAAACUCCUGCUGAACCACACCAGUAUCUUGCGGCCUCAAUAUCAGUAUAGUGAAGAUUUUGUCAACAUCUGGGGCGCCAAUAAGGAAAUCACAGCUGCCCUCCAAGAUCCUGUGAUCCUUCAAGCGACCUGCCCCUACAAUCCAGCUGGGGGAGUCAUCCUCAACAUCAAGUGGUUGGAGGGAGUGUUCUAUGCAGCCCUAAACAUUUGCACGGCAAAGGAGAUGCCCUGCUCCCAGGCACUGCGGCUUCUGAAUGAACUGUUCCUCUCUGUGCACUUUGAAGACUGUGGGAAAGAUGGAGCAUCUUGCCCAAAAUUUCAACUCCAAGAUUUUGUCAGCAAAGCCUAUGCCAAGAACCUGACUCAGAGAAGGCCUUUCCCCUGGUUUGAUCUGACUGCUGUGCAACUCAAGAAAACUCCCUUCAGUCAGCAUCUCUCAACCAGCACUUCUCUCCAAGACCACCUUACUCAUCUGUACUGUGAUUCAUUCGGCAUCUCCAUAACCAGAGAACAGCCAGUGGUUUCCUCAGCUUCUUCAUCCCAGUAAGAGAAGAGACCUCAGAAUUAGGAAUUUCUCUCUCUCUCUCUCCAGUGGUUGUCCCCUGAUUAUCACAAUUGACAGUGGGAGUCAUGUGACUAUAUUGUGUUUGCCACGUGUUAGGCAGCAGAAUAUUGUACUGAUGGCUCUUUAAAAUGUGGUGUAAAACAAGAGGUCUCUUACUUCAGAAUAUUUGGGUGUGUUUGUCUUUGGAAGUAACCAAAUGAAACUACAUGACCUAACACAUUUAAGUAAGCUGCUUCCCCAGGAAAGCCUUGGUGAUAUAGAUGAUCUCUCUUCUAAAAG